ACUAAAUGAAAAACACGGUAUUUUAUAAUUGCUCUUGGUCAAUUUGGAAAGCUUAUAUUAAGUAAACUGUAUACCCGAAAACAGGAAAGACAUGGCCGUAUCAGGGCGUAAACAAAGUGACCUGCUAGGAUCUAUAGCAGCAGGAUCAACAGAAGACUUUGAUUACUGUUGUGAGCCAUGUCUUACCACAGGUCAGCACGUAGAGGCACAUGGAUUUUGCGUGACUUGUCAAGAAUACCUUUGUUGUAACUGUCUAGAUUGUCACAAGAAGGCAAAAAUAUCCCGGAGUCACCAAAUUCUAAGAAAAGAUGAUUUUGAUAAGCUCCAGGCAACGCAAGAACCAUACAACGAAUGCACCGAACAUUGUUCAAUUCACAAAAAAGAAAUUAUCAAUUUUUAUUGUCCAUCACACCAUGCGCUCGGAUGUAAAGGUUGCAUACAUCUAGACCAUAGAACGUGCAAAAUUGAUAACAUUCCUGAAAAAUGCACAGGUAUUGCAGACGACAAGGACUUUGACGACGUCAUGCAGAAACUCGGGGAGAAAUUAAAAGAAGCAGAAGAAAUUUCUGAGAGGGCUAAACGUAGUAGUUGCGAUAUAAAUGAUAACAAUAAAGAAAUCAUCCAGGCAAUUACAGAAUUUCGUAAAGACAUAAACGACCGACUCGAUCGGAUGCAACAAGAUGUUCUGAAAGACACUGAAGGAAUUAAGUCAAACAACUGCAGAAUUGUUCAGAUGGUCCUUGAUAAAUGCGGAAAUAUAAUUUCUGAUAUUAAUAGCUUGCAGUCAAGGCUUCAUUUAAGCAAGGCAAAACAUCAGAAUGGUCAAGUCUACAUUGAUAUUAAGCGUUCUGAGUCUGUACUGAAAUCAGAUAUAUUAAAUGAAGCACAAGAAUCAUUAAUGAACACCACUAUUCACUACUCAUUCCAACGAAAUGCUGACCUCGAAACCGUAUUGACCAAGAAAAGGGUAUUUGGUGAAAUUGUCAAUCCUCCUGGUCAUGAAGCUACAAAGAAGACAAAAUAUGAUGAUGAUCUGAUCGUAAAAGAAGGUAUCAAUGUUCAAACUAAGUCAGAUAAAACAACAAGUUUCAUUACGGGAUGUGCUGUUCUAAACAUGAAUGAAUUAGUUCUAGCUGAUAAUGAGAACAAGAAGGUAAAAUUGGUAUCUAUAGAGAACAGACUAGUACAAAAAGAGAGAGCUCUAGACACACGGCCAUGGGAUAUUGCUGUAAUGUCUCAGGAUCAGUUUGCUGUAACAAUGCCUGUUAUCAAAAACAUAGUUGUCAUGACAACAGACGAUAAGCUAUCAUAUGUUCGCAGUAUAAAAGUGGGUAGGGAAUGCUAUGGUAUAGACUUUAAUCAAGAUUGCCUUUAUGUUGCUUGUUUGUCUCCUCCUAGUGUGAUUGUACUGAAUAUAAAAGGUGAUAUCCUGUAUAACUUCUCUCUGAAUUUUCUGACAAUAGGUUUUGCCCCGUAUAUUGCUGUGAGUAGGGAUCCUAAACUUAUGUUUAUAAGUGAUUCUGGUCACAACAGUGUGAUGAGUGUAUCCUUACAAGGGGAAGUUAGAGUUGCAUAUAAACAUGCAGAUCUUAGUGGACUCUGUGGAUUGUUGAUGCUAGAUGACAGAUCAUUACUUGUCUGCUGUCGUUGUAAUGACAAAAUUUAUCAAGUGAAAGAAGACUUGAAGCAAGUUAAGAUCGUGCAUGAAAAUAUACCAGAUCCGUAUUCGAUAUGCUACAAUAAACACUCUGGUGAAGUCUAUGUUGGUUGCCAUGGUAACCAGUUAAAAGUUUUGUCUAAAAAUGAUCAAUAAAACUAUCAUUUAGGAUUGCACCAAAACUGUUUCGUGAUUAUGCUAAAAAUGAAAAGGAAAUUCUAAAAAAAAUAGAGCUUUUGAUGUAACCAGAUUUUACUUUAAAUUCAGACUUAUAUUAUUACGUGUUAGUUGAACAAUCUUCUUGCACUUGGCUAUUUUAGUAAUGAUAUACCAUUGGAAUGUUUCCGAGUGUUUAGAUGAAUUGAAUCCAACAAUCAAGCGGCAAACAUACUAAGUUAUUUUAUGUGUGUGCAUUGAAAGGCUGUAAAAAAUCAGAUUAUAAGCGGUAUCAUCAUUUAAAUGAUUCUUUGAUUUUUUACUUAGGGAAAUCUUACAGGAAUUCAACUGAUGUCAAAAAGCCUAAACACAUAAGACGGAGUCCUUUAAUCUUGGCUGCGUCUAAAUAUCAGAGGAUAAGUUCAGAUCAUGACAAUGUGUAUAAAGAUUUUUAUUUAUUUCAUUGAUCAGUUAAUUACUCAGCCCCGUAAAUAUGAUUGUACAAUAUCAAUAUUGACAUAUGAAAACAUAUAUAGUGAAAAGCUAGUGUAGAGUUUAUGUGCUCUUUGAAAAAUAAAUCAUGUUUUAAUGAAAUUAACUGUAACAUGUUUAUACAAACAUCAUUUUUGAUGUAAUGAAUAAAGAAUAUGUAUCAUAAACUAAGGGAAAUAACUUUACUGAGUUCAUAUUUGAAUACAUAUUUACUUAAAUACACUUUACUUUUAUGUGUGACAAUUAACUUUACAUGUAUGUUUGUGUGUUCAUUUCUUUUUGUUAAUAUAAUUUUGCUACAUCUCAAUCAGUUUUGUUCAACAUUUAUAUAUAUUAAGCAAUAAAGUUCCUCGAUAAAGGUUCUGUAAAGAAAAUCAACAUAAGUAACAAUAAAAACAACAGCAUGGUGGUAUUACAAGUACCAUUAUAUUUCACACCUUGUUCUGAGCUCUUAAGUUGCAUAUCAAAUCCAUAUACUACUCCAAGU